AUGAAGCUCUCUAACCAGUCUGAGGUGCCUGUAUACACCAUCUCGGGCUCUAAUACCGCUCGGCCCCUCCCAGAAUGGCUCGCUAGACGCCGAAAGCGCAGCUUGAAAGACGAUCCCGAGUAUGCGAACCGAGUGGAGUUGCUGCAAGAUUUCGAGUUUGAGGAAGCUAGCCAGUGUGUCCGAGCCAGUGAAGAUGGUGAAUGGGUUAUGAGUACAGGAACUUACAAACCGCAAAUCCACACUCAUUAUCUCCCCCAACUGUCUCUGUCCUGGGCCCGGCAUACAGUCGCCCUGAACACAACCUUCAUCCUCCUUUCCUCCGAUUAUACCAAAUCCCUCCACCUCCAGUCCGACCGUUCUCUUGAAUUCCACACACCGCAAGGAUGUCACUACACAACCCGCCUGCCCCGAUACGGACGCGAUCUCGUAUAUGACCGACAAUCGACCGAGGCGUUCAUUCCUUCCGUCGGCGUGAACCAGGAUGGCAUGGGCGAAGUUUUCCGUUUGAAUCUGGAGCUUGGAAGGUACAUGCGCAGCUUCGAGGUGGAUGUUGGUGGAGAUGAUUUCACUUCCACUGGAGGCGGCACUCUCCAGGGUGGCAUUAAUACUGGAUCUGUCAACACUGGUGCGAUUGCGGAGGAGAGUCAUAACCUGCUCGCCUUUGGUACAUCCACUGGAACUGUGGAGUUGUGGGAUCCUAGAGCCAAGGGCCGAGCGGGUGUUCUUUUACCGCCCACCCAACAGUUCAAUGAAGGACGGGCUGAGAUUACUGCGUUAGAGUUCCACCGCUCUGGCUUGACUCUUGGAACUGGUUCUUCGAAUGGUCUGAUUCACCUUUACGACUUGCGGUCCCCUGUCCCUCUUCUGAAGAAGGACCAAGGAUACGGCUUCCCCAUCCAUACACUCAAAUUCUUGCAGCCCUCAACUGCAACCCGUGAAGCAACUAUGGACCCCAAGAUCAUGUCGGCAGAUAAGCGUAUUAUCAAGAUCUGGGAUCCCCGCGAUGGUACUCCAUGGACCUCUGUGGAACCCGCAGUGGAUAUCAACUCGGUAGCCUGGUGCAAGGACAGUGGAAUGCUCCUCACAGCCAACGAGGGCCGACAGCAACACUCGUUCUUUAUUCCUCAGCUUGGACCGGCACCUAGAUGGUGUUCUUUCCUGGACAACUUGGUGGAGGAAAUGGCCGAGGACCCCAACGACCCGAAUGCUUUCACCAGCUCACAGGCUGGUGCUGUUUACGACAACUUCAAGUUCUUGACUGUUCCUCAGCUCCGCACCCUGAACCUGGAGCACCUUAUUGGACGUACCAACCUAUUGCGACCAUACAUGCACGGUUACUUCGUAGCCCAGAGGUUGUACGAGGAGGCGAGAUUGAUCGCCAACCCGUACGUCUGGGAAGAGGAGCGUGCCAAGCGAGUCAAGGAGAAGAUCGACAAGGAGCGCGAGAGCCGCAUCCGUGGCAAGAAGAAGGCUGCCGUCAAGGUGAACAAGAGGCUUGCCGAGAGAUUGAUGAACGCCGAGGAGAAGGCUGAGCGUAAGAAGGCUCAGCGUGUCCUUGAGCGUGGUGGUGACGAAAACAUGACCGAUGCUGUUCCUGCUAUAUCUGAGACCAAGGAUAAGGGUGUCCUUCGCGAUAGCCGUUUCACCAAGCUGUUCGAGGAUGAGGACUUCGCCGUCGACGAAACAUCCCGUGAAUUCCAGCUUAUCAACCCCAGCACUGUGCCUGACCAGGCCACAAGAAAGGAGCGUGGUCUCACAGCAGUGGAGCAGGAAGCUGUCGAUGACGUUCCUGGAUCUAGUGAUGAUGACUCUAACUCCGACAGCGAGGAAGAGAGACCGGCCAAGCAAAAAGCCUCCAACAAGAUCUCGUCCGCUGACUAUAAGCGCACAAAUCGUCCUCCUCGCAUGCAGGUGUCUUCUUCAGCACGCACAAACUCCACGCGCGACCGUUCAUUUGGCUCGCGUGCUCAGAACAUGAAGUCGAAGCCGAGACCCUCGCGACAGGGUGGCCCCGUCGGCGAGAGAGAGGUCAGCUUCAUGCCUGCCUCCAAAUCCAAAAACCAGAAACCAGAGGUCCAGUACGACAAGACUCCUUCCUCUUUCCGCUCAAAGGAGCGCCGCAGUGCUUCAAACAACGCCUUCCGGGGUAUGUAA